GGGGGGGCGGGGGGCACGUCUCUCAUUACUUUCAAGACACUGGGGGAGGGGCUAUGCCCCCCACCCCUCCCACCGCAGCACUGCACAUGAUCAUAUGGACACAUCGCAGAUGGCGAGCAGCCGCGUGUCCCUGCUUUAGCCGCAUGGCUCCCCUGCAGAGGAGCGUCUGCUGGAGACUGAGUCUGAGCUUCGUCUUCACCGCCUUCAUGUUCUUCGUGGACGUGUUCACCGCGAACCUGGCGCGCUGCGGGGCUCUCGAGGGGCUCCGCGAGCCCAACGUCACCGACUCAACAUGUAUGGAGGCAGGGGAGCCCUUCACCUACGGUCAGACCAUGUUCAUGAUCGGACUGCUCAUCGGGUCGCUGUUCGGAGGAGCCCUGGCCGACAAAUAUGGAAAGCGAGUCGUCCACUUGGGCAGCAACAUCCUGCAGGCGGUCACGGCCCUGAUGACCGCGUUCCUUCCGUCCGCCGCCUUCUACCUCGCCGCUCGCUGGAUUGCUGGACUGACCUGCUGCGGCAUCAACAUCACCUCCUUCAGCCUGGGGGUGGAAUGGAGUCUCCCCAAGUACCGCACCUGGCCCCCCGCCCUGCUCUCGUUCUCCUUCAGCGUAGGGAUGAUGUUCCUGGCAGCCGUGGCCUUCCUCACCUCCGGCUGGAUGCAGUUCCACCUGGCGAUGGCUGUACCGCAGCUCCUUUGCCUCCCCUUCUACUAUUCCAUUCCAGAGUCCCCUCAGUGGCUCCUUCUCAACAGGAGACUGGAGGUGCUGGAGGAGUACCGCAACCGGUGUCCGGAGGAUAAGGAAAGUCUGGAUUUGAUUUUAAACUCCAUGGGAAAGGAGGCCCAGGGUUCCAGCAGAGCAGAGGGGAAGAGUGAGAAGCAUUCCUUCCUGCUGCUCUUCAGGUCGCCCACCAUUCUGCUCCGUCUCAGUGUCAUGAGUUACAUUGGGUUGGCCUCUGCGCUGACAUACUAUGGUAUCUGCUACAACGUGGGGAGCUUUGGGGUGAACAUCUACCUGGCACAGUUCUUCUCUGGGCUGUCGGAGGUGCCUACGCUGCUGGUGCCCCUCCUGCUGAAACGGUGCGGGCGAAGACCCUUCAGCAUGGUCUCGCUGUUGCUGAGUGGCACAGCCUGCUUGCUGUCCCUGCUGGCCUCCAAGUACUAUGACAUCCCUGCGCUUGUCAUGACAUUGGCCCUGAUGGGGAAACUGUGUAUGCAGACCACUGUGUUUGUAUCCUUACUUUAUGGCAUAGAACUCUUCCCUACGGUCAUAAGGCAGAAGUGUGUGGCAUUCGUCAACUUGUGGUACCGCAUCGGCUGCAUCCUCAACGCCGUUUUGGUCCCCAGCGGGAGGAUCCCCCUGGGAGCCAUGAUCUGCUACAGCAGUGGACCCAUCCUGGGGGCGGGACUGUGCCGGCUGCUUCCAGAAACCAGCGGAACGCCCCUUCCCGAUACCAUCCUGGACUGCGAGAUGCAGCCAGGGCCCAGGCUCAAGUGCACCACCUGCAACUGGAAACAGUCCCAGGAGUCUACGCAGGAUAAAGGCAUUUCUUCUGGCAGAGGGCAUUCUGUCAUUCAAGAAGAGUGUGCUGCUUUUUCAUUGGAAAUACCUUGAUUCUAUACAGCUGCUUGUGGUUCAAAAGCAUUCAAAGGUGAAAUCAUUGCAUGAAAGCCAACGUGGUUUUUCCUUAGGGAAAUGACUAUCCCUUUUAGGUCACAAGGGUAAGCAUGCAAUACCCUGAUUUUUACUGUACUUUUUGCACACUGCAAAUAUUAAUUUCAUUGCUAUUCUAAUACAGUAGCUUUUUAGA